CUUAAUGCCUUGGUAAACUCAAAUGUUUGUACGUGUACACGCGAAAGCUACGCAAGCGGCAUUGUUCACAUAGCCUACUCCACUGUUGUUUGUCAACAUGGAUGUUUUAGUUAUGUCUUCUAUAGGAGGCAGAGGCAGGUAAGCGACAAAACAUGUUGUGACUAAAUACGUUUUACAGCAGCAAUAACCAUUGUAACAUAGACUGAUGUAUUGUUAAUGUUUAUCUGACUGUAGCCUUUGUCUAUUGCGAGCCAGCUCACAUUCUUUGCUCUUUAAAAUGUACCGCCGUUGUGUACUACUAUUACUUCACUGUUUCCUGAUUUUAUUUCGCAGCACGUCAGGUGAUCUUUGGUAUACUGCGCCACAAUAUUUGUUUGUAUUGCACUUUGCAUAUGCCUACAUUUAAAGGCCAGGGAGACGUGCACAAUGUACACACCAAACGAACAGCCAUUCAGCGUAUGCGUAAACAUCGUGCAGUAUAUUUUGGCCAUUAAAUGUACGCGUGCGCAAGGUGUCUCCAGGGCCCUGAAGCGAGCAGUAACGAAUGUCUGACCCCUCUCAUCCUGGUCACAAACUGUUUCAGACACUCUCCCCACAGCAGGAGGCUGCCAUCCAUCAGGACCAACACUUCACGCCACCAAAACAGCGUCUUCCCAGCCGCAGCUGGCCUCAUCCACAAGAGAUGGAUGUAGACGAUGGCGCCCAGUUCAGAACCCCCAAGAAAAGGAGGAAUCUGACCAAUGAUCUGCAGUUCAUAGCUGAGGAUGUGGCUCAUGAGGGCAUGAGCCCACAAGAGGAGGAUCUGCUAGACCAGGAACUGCUCCAGGAAGAGACGGACGAGGAGGAGAUGGAACCUGAUCCUGAGGCAAAGCGUGAACCUGACUGUGUUUCUUAUCCCUCCUACUCUGACUCGGAUUUAAAUGCACCAAAUCCUAUCCCAUUUACUCCUAGACGUAUUUUGGGUAUUGACUUAGGAAAUGUAUGUCUGUCUCUGCGAACCACCACAAAGAAGAUGUCCCAAGAAAUGAACUUUUUCAUGCUGUUUUUUACUGAGGCUGUAGUUGCUGACAUAUGCAGCUUUACAAAUCAUCAGGGGUGGGCGCUCGUCCUAAACUGUCCAACAUAUUCCAGCGACAAAGGAACUUGGAUGGAGGUGACCGUUAAUGAAUUUUACACAUUUCUUGGUUUGCUCAUUUACAUGGGGUUUUCAGUUCUCCCUGACUCCCAUCGCCAUUGGGGAACCAAGUCACUUCAGGGUUCGUGGGCAAGGGGAUUUAUGUCGCGUGACCGCUUCAAGGCUAUUUUGGCAGCUCUACAUGUUGUAGACCCUCUCAAGGAGGAUAAUCAAGAUCGCCUUAAGAAGUUGCGUUAUCUUAUGGACCACCUCAAACAAAAAUGCCAGCAACUCUUUCAGCCUAACCAAAAUCUCGCAAUAGAUGAACGUAUGGUCAAGUCUAAAGGUCGGUCAGGAUUUAAACAAUACAUGAAACGCAAGCCUACUCGGUGGGGUUUCAAAUUAUGGGUAAUUGCAACAUCAGACUCGGGGUAUACUCUGGACUUUAAUAUCUACACAGGUAGCAGUGUUCUCUUUUUUUCCACUUCAUAGACAUUGCCGUAGUAAAUAGUUUCAUAUUGUUUAAGGAAUGGCAAAUUGUCAAUGCGAAACCAAGGGAUAAGUCUAGACUAAUGAACUUGACACAGAUAGAUUUCAGAGAAAACCUGGCACGUCAGCUGGGAGGUAUCGAUAUUCAAGCAAGCUUCCCUUUGCGUUCACCAAAGCGUGUUGUCCCUCCUUCACCUCCAUCACCUCCAUCAUCAGUCCACACAGCCCAUGUCCCUAUAUUGGAAGAGUCCUCUCGGAGAUGUUGGCUAUGCUAUCGGAAACGAAAGGCUGAGCAUAAAACCAAAGUAGUUUGUUCCGCACCAGAAUGUAAUGGCAAGAGACUUUGCUUGGUUCGUGAUAGGAACUGUUUUCAGUCUUGGCACUCGGCUGAGUGUGACCAGUUUCGUUAAGCGGCUCAGGUUCUAAAUAGAAAAGGUUGUGUUGUUGCUGUCUUUUCCCCCUGCCUCUUUUCGCCCUCUCUUCUCUUCACAGGUAUUGCAGUUGUUAAGUGUUUAUACAUGUAUGUAUCUUCUGUUCAUGCACUCCUACACGUUACAAAUGUAUUUACUUUAGCCUAGAUAGUUUGAUUUAGUAUGUUUUUCUUGUUUUAUUCGUUCACCCCACAGUCUAAUGUUCAAAUUAACUAAAGUGUGUGUGUGUGUUUUUUUAAAACAAAUAUAUAUCUCAGUGUUUGUGUUGU